UAUAUUAUUUUCUCUUAUCUUUUAUUAUUCUUACCCUGUGUCUUUAUCACUAGUGCUGUUCAUAGAAAAGUUAUUUAAAUAUUUUUGCGUGAUAACGUUUGUAAAUUUUCAUAGGUAUUUUGUAUUUACUAUUUAGCAACACUCACACAAAUACAGUGAACUCAAAUACGCAAUUGUGAAUUAAGUGUUGUCGACAAAAACAAAUAGAAGAACAUUACACAAACAACAAAUGAACAUUUGUGUACAUUUUAAUUUCAAUAGUGGUUUUUGAUAUUUUUGGCAAUUUGACAAAUUGAAUACGUGUCCGUGUUGUAAAACGAAUUUUAAACUAUGGAAUCAGUAACUGCCAGAGUUAACGAUGAGAGACGAAAAAUGGUAUAUGUUGGUGAUUUACCUAAAGACUUUUUACGCCUUGACGUGGUUUCUGUAGAUGAUUCUACUAACAGAUUACAACAAGAGGCUGCGGACCAACAAGCUGCUAUGGCUCUACAACAAGCAUUAUCUUGUGUGCAAGGAGAUCGUGAUAGAAAUAGAUUAAAUAUUACAAUUGUACAAGCACGCCUAGUCAAAAACUAUGGUUUAACCAGAAUGGAUCCAUAUGUACGUCUUAGAAUUGGACAUUGUGUAUAUGAGACACAAACAGAUCCUAAUGGCGGUAAAACUCCUAAAUGGCAUAAAACUGUUCAAACACUUCCACAAGAAGGUGUUAAUCAAAUUAACGUAGAAAUAUUUGAUGAAUGUUCUUUCAAAAUGGAUGAACUUAUUGCUUGGACAACAAUACCAAUACCCAAUCAAAUUUAUAAAGGGGUUACAAUCGAACAGUGGUAUAAUCUUACUGGUAAACAAGGGCCAAAUAACGAAGGAACUAUUAAUAUAAUUAUAAGUUUUGGAACUCCUCCUAGUUUGGGCUUAACAAGUUCAGUUAUGAUGUUACCACAAAUGCCAAAAUUCAAUAAUUCAAGUGCCAAUUUAACUCCUAUUUAUAUUCAACCUUCAGCACCACAAGUACCAACUCUUAGUGCAGAAGACUUAAAACAAAUUCAAGACAUGUUCCCAAAUAUGGAUAAAGAAACAGUGAAAACUGUUUUUGAAGCCAACAACGGUAACAAAGAUCUUACUGUUAAUUCCUUACUCCAAUUGGUCGAUUAAAUGUUGUUAAACAAUUAAAAUUUUACAUAAUAAUAUACAAGUGCCAAGUCAGCAAUUUGACAGCAUUAUUAAAAGGUAUCAGAUAAUUACCUAUAAUGGGUACUAAACCUAAUAUUACUUUUCACUUGCUUUAAUUAAUAAAUCAAAUGCAAAUCAGUUGACACAGUAUAAUUGGAUUAUAUUACUAAAAAAAAUUAAUUUGUUUAGUCCCUACACUAAUAGUAUAUAUAUCAACUGAAAUUCCACCAACAUAUACAACACAUUAGUUAUUAAUUUUAUAGUAGUUUAUACAUAUAUAUAUAUAUAUGUUGGUAGAUUAUUUUACAACUGUUUAUAAAUAAUACUAAUAUUUUA